CUUCUUACUCGUACCCAAAGACGAUAUACGCAGGUAGAGAGCGGUCGACUGAACAAAAUCGCCGGAAAACUGCUGGUAGAGAGACCCCGCCGCCACCAGAGUCCAGACGCCACCGGGAGCCGACCCUCCAGCCUCCAGCUUCUAUUACCUGGAAAUUUAGAAGUAUUCACUUAUUCAUUCCUUCUCCCUCAAACAAAUUCUUAGUUUACUAGUGGAUCGAAGCUAGGGGUGGUGAAGAAGAUGAGAAGAGAAGAGAUUCAAUUCACCAAAAAACUUUACACUGAGGACGUGGGCCCCCGCAAAAUAAAAAGUAUUCAAUUUUCAACUUUCUCUGGUCCUGAAAUUUUGAAAUCAGCAGCAGUUCAAGUCUAUCGUGGAGUUUACUAUGAUUCCACCCAGAAAGCAAUUCCCAAUGGCCUGUUAGAUCCCCACAUGGGGCCUCCAAACAAGAACAAAUCAUGUGCAACAUGCAAUGGAGAAUUCAAACAGUGUCCUGGUCACUAUGGAUACUUAAAACUUGCUCUACCAGUUUAUAAUGUUGGAUAUCUGGACAACAUUGUGACCAUUUUGAAAUGCAUAUGCAAGGGCUGUUCACGCAUUCUUCUCAGAGAAAAUGAUCGUCAAGACCUCCUAAGGAAGACGAGGAAUACGAAGUUGGAUCAUUUGAAGAAGAAUGAGCUGCAAAAAAAAGUUUUACUGAAGUGCAACAACCUGACAACAGGCCACAAGACGGCAUUAUGUUCUAGAUGUGGAUACAUCAAUGGCAUGGUAAAAAAAGGCCCUAUGAAGAUCAUCCAUGAAAACGGAAGGCAGUUUGUAGAUGAGUGCCAUAAUGCUCUUCCUAACAAGGGAUCAAUUAAUGUGCCUCCAGAACUUAACGCGAUGACAGUUUAUUCCCUUUUCAUGAAAAUGACAGAUGAGGACUGUGAGCUGCUUUAUCUCAGUGAUAGGCCAGAAAAACUUCUGAUUACAAGUAUCCUUGUGCCACCCUUAUCUAUCCGUCCUUCUGUCUUUUUGGAUGCUGGACUGCAAAGUAAUGAGAAUGAUAUCACAGAGAGGCUGAAGCUCAUUAUCCAAGCAAAUGCCAUUCUUCAACAACAAAUAUUGGAUGGGAUUCAUCCCGCCAAAAAUUCGCCUGGUUGGGUUGAUUUGCAAGCGGAAGUUGCACAGUACAUAAACAGUGAAGUACGUGGAUUGCCACCAUCAAAGCAACUUUCCAAGCCACUGAAUGGCUUUGUUCAGCGUCUCAAAGGAAAGCAUGGUCGUUUUCGUGGAAAUUUAUCUGGAAAGCGUGUUGAGUAUACUGGUCGUACUGUUAUUUCGCCUGAUCCAAAUCUCAAAAUUACUGAGCUUGCAAUUCCAAUCUUCAUGGCCCAAAUCUUAACAUUCCCGGAGCGUGUUUCAAAACACAACAUAGAAAAGUUACGGAAAUGUGUUCGUAAUGGUCCCAACAAAUACCCUGGUGCCAAGUAUAUAGUGCAUCCUGAUGGUACAGAGAUGUCGUUGAUGCACUCCAGUAGAAAGCGUCAAGCUGAUGAGUUAAAGUAUGGUUACAUAGUUGUUCGCCAUUUGGAAGAUGGUGAUGCUGUUCUUUUUAACAGACAGCCAAGUCUGCAUCGAAUGUCUAUAAUGUGCCAUAGGGCAAGAGUAAUGCCUUGGCGCACAUUGAGAUUUAAUGAAUCUGUUUGCAAUCCCUACAAUGCUGAUUUUGAUGGAGAUGAGAUGAAUAUUCAUGUCCCGCAGACGGUAGAAGCCCGCACAGAGGCACUUUUGUUGAUGGGGGUCCAAAACAAUUUAUGCACUCCUAAGAGUGGAGAAAUCUUGGUUGCCUCUACUCAGGAUUUUCUUACAUCUUCUUUCCUCAUUACAAGGAAGGACACUUUCUAUGACCGCGCUUCUUUUUCUCUUAUGUGUUCGUAUAUGGGUGAUGGGAUGGAUCACAUCGAUUUGCCAACUCCAACAAUUAUUAAGCCAGUUGAGCUUUGGAGCGGAAAGCAGUUAUUUAGUGUGCUUGUGCGUCCGUAUAAAAAAAUGAGAGUGUACUUAAACCUUACUCUGACUGAGAAAAAUUACAACACCGACAAAAAGCCAGAAACAAUGUGCCCAAAUGAUCGCUUUAUUUACUUCCGUAAUAGUGAGCUGAUAAGUGGACAACUUGGGAAGGCCACAUUAGGAAAUGGAAACAAGGAUGGUCUUUAUUCUGUGCUACUGAGGGAUUACAACACACAUGGUGCUGCUACAUGUAUGAAUCGUCUUGCAAAGUUGAGUGCUCGUUGGAUAGGAAAUCAUGGGUUUUCAAUUGGGAUUGAUGAUGUUCAACCAGGAAACGAGUUGGCGCUAAAGAAGAGAAUGGAAAUAGAAGAGGGGUAUGGGCAAUGUGAAGAGUCUAUAGCUUCAUUUAACAAGGGGGGACUAACUCUACUACCUGGUUGUGAUGCUGUUGAGACACUUGAAGCCAAUAUUUCUAGUGCUUUGAAUGCUAUUAGAGAGAAAGCUGGAGAUGUGUGCACCCGUUCACUACCUUGGAGGAAUAGUCCUUUAAUUAUGUCACAGUGUGGCUCAAAAGGAUCAGUUAUCAAUAUUUGUCAGAUGAUUGCUUGUGUUGGCCAGCAAAUUGUUGGGGGUCGGCGUGCUCCUGAUGGAUUCAUGGAUCGGAGUCUUCCUCAUUUCCCUAUAAAAUCAAAAUUUCCUGCAGCUAAAGGAUUCGUUGCCAAUUCAUUUUAUGAUGGUUUAACACCUACAGAAUUUUUUUUCCACACUAUGGGUGGAAGAGAAGGCCUUGUAGACACUGCGGUUAAAACGGCUGACACAGGGUAUAUGUCUCGUAGGCUUAUGAAAGCUUUGGAGGACCUUUCCGUUAUGUAUGACAAAACUGUGCGAAAUGCAAGUUCAUGCAUUGUGCAGUUUGUGUAUGGUGAUGAUGGCAUGGACCCUUCACAGAUGGAAGAAAAAAAAGGGCAUCCUUUGAACUUUUAUAGACUACUCAUGAAAGUAAAGGCAAUAUGUCCUCCUGGAGAGGAAAAAAGUAUGUCACCAUCAGAAAUUGAAGGGAUGGUGCAUGCAAGGCUUUCACAAUGUGAUAUGACUCCAGAAGGGGGUUGCUCAAAGGCCUUUAAUAAAUCACUAAAUGAAUUUCUUGAAAACAACUGUGUAAGAAGCUUAGAAAAAACACUGGAUGAUCUAAAACUUGAUGAGGAUCAUCACGGAGUGAAGGACAGUGAAGCGUUGGAGAGUAUUGCUUUGAAUAUAUCAGGUGUCACUAGAAAGCAAUUGCAGGUUUUCCUAGAAACUUGCAUCACUCGUUACCAUGCAAAGAAAAUAGAAGAGGGAACUUCAAUCGGUGCCAUAGGAGCUCAGAGUAUUGGAGAACCAGGGACACAGAUGACGUUAAAAACUUUCCACUUUGCCGGAGUUGCUAGCAUGAAUGUUACACUUGGAGUUCCAAGGAUAAAAGAAAUUAUAAAUGCGGCUAAAAAGAUCAGCACACCUAUAAUUAAGGCAAUGCUUACAUGUGAUGAUAAACCAGAGGCUGCUAGAAUGGUAAAAGGUCGUGUUGAAAAAACACUUCUUGGUCAGGUAGCUAAAAGCAUUAAGACAGUAAUAUCUUCAAGAUUAGCAUCUAUAAUUGUCGUACUAAAUAUGGACGCAAUCCAAGCUUCUUUUCUUUCCAUCGAUGCUUAUAUUGUCAAGGAAUCAAUUAUCCAGACAUCAAAGCUGAAAUUGAAGGAACAGCAUAUCAGGGUUUUAGAUCCCAGAAAAUUGCAAAUUACUCCUGACACUGAUCGAAGUAAACUUCACUUUGAACUCCACCGUCUCAAAAAUAAGCUUCCCACAGUAGUUAUUAAGGGUAUCAGCACAGUCGAACGCGUUGUUAUUAACAAGACCAAACAAGGAAAGUAUGAGGUGUUUGCUGAAGGGACGGGUUUGCAAACUGUUCUGGGCACAGUUGGAGUUGAUGGACGAAAAACUAAAAGUAAUCACAUCAUGGAAGUAAACCAGGUACUCGGAAUUGAAGCCGCAAGAAGUUCUAUAAUAGAUGAGAUAAAUGAAACCAUGACGAGCCAUGGAAUGACUAUAGACUUGCGCCACAUGAUGCUUCUAGCAGAUCUAAUGACAUUUAAGGGUGAAAUAUUAGGAUAUACUAGAUUUGGUAUUCAGAAGAUGAAAGAUAGUGUAUUGACAUUAGCCUCCUUUGAGAAGACCUCUGACCACCUUUUUAAUGCCUCUAUAAGAGGGCGGGAGGACAAAAUUGAAGGAGUCAGUGAAUGCAUCAUUAUGGGCAUUCCAAUGCAGAUGGGCACCGGGGGGUUUAAAUUGAUACAAAGAGAUUCCAAAUCUGAACCAGUGGAACUCAAGUAUGGACCGGAGUCGAUUAUAACAUGAGAUGACUAGUGCCUACUGUAAUAAGUUAUCCAAUUACGGUGGCUAAAUGGUCAAAGAUCAUCCGUGUUCGCCAAAAGGGGUGACUUAUUAAAGCCUUGGAUGCGAAGCCUUAACUUUUUUUAAGUUGGGUGAUGGAGAGUUUUAAGCUCUUGACUCUUAGGUAUCAAGACUUUGAUAUCAUGUCAAGGAAUUACUCAAUCAAAAACUUAAAUUUGUGCUUGUUGUACAGGAAAUGUUUUUUAUACUUUAACAUGUUAGACAAUACUAUAGUACUUGUAAUCAUGGUUGUAUUCUUAUAUUACUCAAAUUUCUAUAAAGGAUGAGUUCUAAU